UCUAAACAUAAAAAUGCACAUGAGUGGCUUUACCACUAACUUAAUGCAGAUGAAUUCAUAUAUCAGUUACAAAUUUUAUCCAAAAAUUCAAGUAACAUAUCAAAGUGAUUAAAUGCUGUUGGAAAGCAGAUCUGGACCCAAAUCCAUGGCACUGCACAAUUGAUAUUUCUGUUUUGAAAAGUAACGACAGGUUAUCUAUAUCUAUAUCAUUGGUAAAAUCACAAAAAUGGGACUGACGAAUAAUCCCUGAAUAUCUUACUUGAAAAAAAAGUGAGUAACAGCCUCGGUAACUCUGUAAAAUAUUUCCAACCAGAAUGCUGCUGUUUUCGCCAACCAUUGUUUCAAAGUGUGUUUCAUUUUACAUACCACAUCCCUUAAAUUGUGCAAUUUUUUUGCAUGGUGUGUGAAACAUUGUACAAGUCUGAAUAAGACUAAAAACACCUUGAAACACACUGGUGAAAUUCCUCAAACACAUUAUUAACUGAAAGUAAGAGGAAAACAAAUGUAAGGUCUGAGGUAAAAAAGACUGUAUAUCAGCCAUGAACUAGUACAAAGACAACGUCGAGGGUAAGCCUUUGCUCAGCUUCUGAGUUUAGCUCAAGAAUUGUGCAAUGCAGCAGACCAGCUACUGAUGUCUUCAGUCACACCAUUUGAAGCAAGAUAUGGGAUGCAGAGAACCCCCCCUUGUGUGUUGGUCAUACUGGAAAUACAGGAAAUCUUUUCAGACAUCUUGGGGGAGGGAUGUGUCAGGUAAUGACAGUCUAGCUUGCCUACAGGGUUUGGACAUGCAGAGAGGAUACCUCAGUCCUGUAUCUUGCCGGGUACAGAUCACACUACUGCACCAACUAUCGAAAGGAGGGGAAGAAGUUGAUUUCUCCCCCGAUGGGUGGUCUCCACCGUUGAGAAACUACCUCAUUCAGGGCGAGACCCGACUCAUGUACAUGUACCUUCCAAUUUAGACUCAUGUACACGUACCUUCCAAUUUUAUGUUACUAAUUCAUCCAAACAAAAUAGCUUGCCCAUGGUGCCAAAGUUCAAGAUACCAGCAAGAGGAUGAUUGGGUCAUGCAUGACUAAUCAGGGACAAUCUGAAUAAACCUUGUCCAUAUUCUAAUUGCCUCACUAGACUGGAUGACAAACAGGCAACACAUCUGUGAAUACAAAGUCUUAAUAGUCUCAUCACGAUGAGAAAGGAUGCACAGUUUGCAAGAAAUAUUCAACGCAACACUUUGUGAACAAAGGGCAGCUCAUGUACAGUGACAAAUCACAAUCCAAUCGCGUGUUUGCAUAUGAAGAUUAGGACAUUGCAGAGCCCCACCCCCCCCAGGUGCACCCAUCCGUAUAAAAUCCGGGACCACUGCUUCAUAACAACAGGUGCCUGUACGCACACCACUUCCAACCACAAGGCUGCAUGCAGCUUUUAGGAGCCAAGUCUCUGGUGAUAACGAGCACUAUUCCACUUGGCGCUCAAUUGCCGUUCCACACACUAGACCAUUAAACAUGAUUCUUCUCCUCGGCAUCGGACUGUUGACAGCAUUUGUGCUACCCUGCAAGGCGACAGCAUGCAGACGAGCGACAACAGACAUUCUGGAAACAACGUCCUUUGUGUGUGAAUGUUCAGCAGAGUACUGUGACACUAUACCUAGAGAUGUGGGGUUGCGCGCAGGACAGUAUGUCAUCUACAGCUCCACUAAAGACAGAGACCGUUUCCACAGGACAACUUACUUGUUUGAAGACAGAGCCGAGCAUGACCAAAGGUUCGUUCUUGAUGCUUCACGAGAGUAUCAGACGAUUCUUGGAUUCGGAGGAUCCUUCACCGAUUCAGCAACGAUGAACAUCAAGAGCAUCUCUCCCUCUGCCCAACACAACCUCCUCAAGUCUUACUUCUCCUCUGAAGGUAUAGAGUACAGUAUGGGUCGUAUACCAAUGAGUAGCUGCGACUUUUCAGUUCGGGUUUAUUCCUAUGACGAUCACCCAGGUGAUUUUGCACUGGAGGAAUUUAUGCUGGCAACCGAGGACAUUUCUUACAAGAUACCAGUGAUCAAAGAAGCCUUAGCCAUGAGCCCACAUGACAUCAAAUUGUUAGGUAGUCCAUGGUCAGCCCCGGCCUGGAUGAAGACUAACCAGGACAUGGUAGGGGGUGCCCUGAUGGGCCAACCAGGAGAGAAGUACUACAAGACCUGGGCUACAUAUUUUGUGAAAUUUUUAGAGGCGUAUGAGCAGCACCAGGUGCCAAUGUGGGGCCUGACCAUUCAGAAUGAACCCUCAGGUGCCGAAGUCCCCUUUAACCUCUACUCCUGGCAGAGCAUGGCAAUGCCCCCAGAGACGGCCAAGGACUUUGUCAAGAGAGACCUGGGGCCUGCCCUCACUAGUAACGGCUACAGCCAUGUCAAGCUGAUGAGCCACGACGACAACAUCCCUUCAGUACUGGCUAACUCCAAAGUGAUAUAUGAGGAUGAGGAAGCAGCCAAGUUCCUGUCCGGCAUAGCUGUCCACUGGUACAUGACCAAGGGCUCCAGCACCUACAACAGCCUGGAGGAGACCCACCAGACCUUCCCCGACAAGUUCCUGCUGGCCACAGAGGCGUGCGAGGGCUACCAGCCCUGGGAGCAGCCAGUCAAACUAGGCAACUGGGAGCGCGGGGAACAGUAUAGCUUAGACAUCUUGCAGGAUCUGAAACACUGGGUGACAGGUUGGGUGGACUGGAAUCUUGCCCUUGAUCUCUCCGGCGGACCGAACUGGGCUGGUAACAACGUAGACAGCCCCAUCAUCGUGGAUGCAGAGAGGGACGUCUUUUACAAACAACCUAUGUUCUACCACAUGGGCCAUUUUAGUAAGUUCAUCUAUCCUGGUUCAGUGCAUAUUGACCUGCGAGUGGAAUCUCAAGCGCACACUACACUGCACAGCAUAGCCUUCAAAAGGCCUGACAACUCUACAGUUAUUGUUCUUUUGAACGUUGGUGCAUCUAUAGAGGAAGUCACCGUACACGACCCCAGACAUGGCUACAUUAACACCAAGUUACCCCCGCGGUCCAUCCACACUUUCAUCUGGUGAUCAACUGAAGAAGCCCCAGUCCAACGCCAACUUCUGUUUGAGUGACUCUACGUCAAAGUUUAAUUUCAGAAAUUUACUUCAUUCUCACCACCACAUGAUACUGUUUUCCCUUUUGUCUCCAAAGCGAGCUUGACUUGAGAUACCUUAAGCCAAUCAAUGCACAUUUAAUGUCCCAAGUCUGAUAAGGGAUGCUCCUUUUUUGUUUUUAAAGUAAGAAGUGUUAAAGUAUCUAUUGUUCCUUAAUGCCAUAGACCACAGUUUUGAUCACGUUCCCUGAACAUGCUGAAUCUAUAUUAGUGUACAUUUGUAGUCUGUCAAAUGGCGUGAAGAACCUUUUGGUCAGUAGCCCUUGUACAUGGCCGAAGACCAGAACAAACAUGCCAAAGUCUCCUGGUGCAUUAACAGGGGUCGAAAUUAACAUCAAUGUCUUGGUGGCCUGCAGGGCCAGUGGGAAGUGCACUGCACUUGCCCUCGUGAAAAGUUGGGGGCACCAGUUGAGUACACGUAAUGGAAUUAAUCAGGCCUACCACACAUGCCCAUUUGUGUCCUUAGAACUUCUCUACCAAAACAGUUGAUUGGCAAGCCUGGCUGGAUUUAAAUGAGGCCAAAAAAACCUAGUUCUGCUUCUGGUUACACGACCAAUCCUAAAUUUUUGAAGCAACUGUAAAAUUGAUAUGGGUAAGUUAGAAACACACAUUUAAAAACUUUUUUAAAAAAGAAAAAAUCCUGUCUUUUCUGUCUUCACAAAACACCUCACAACAAUUUUUUUCAUACCUAAAGCUUGUACUUUUUUGUUUGCCUGCUUACAAUUACCACAUUUGGAAAGAUGCUUCCAUUAUUUUCACAAGUUUCCUUCGCAUUUCACUAUUGCGAUGGUGAAAACAUGCACACAAUAAUGCUUGAUGUGCAGAAGCAAGGUUGCACUGGUUCCCGCAGCGCCACUGCCAAAGAAAGUGUGAUGGUAAGGUGGCAACCAGUCCAUGCAUCCCGGUCAAAAUAGCAUUGUACAAUUCACCAUAUACACAUGCAAAUCUACAGCUACACAUGGAAAAAAAAUAAUGUCACAGGAAGAUUUCUACAAGUUAAUUCCAAGAACUUGAUUUGUUGUCUAUACAUGUACAUGUAUGUAUUUUUUGUGUUCACAAAUUUAUUUCGAGGUUACAUUGCUUGUACGUAACAAUCGGCCAGAUGCAGACUCAACGUAAACUCAAUGCGACAUGACCUAUAAAGGUUUCAUUGGUUUUCGCGGGGGAUAACGUUAAACUGGCAUGAAUGACCGUGCAAUGAAUGUCGCGCUGCAUGCUAUGUGUGUACAUGUAUGUAGCACACGAGCCCGGCACAUGAUAGCAGGCAAUCACAGCCGUAAGGACUGUGGAAUUAUACCAUGAACUCGAAAGUGUUGCCCAGUCAUUUGAAAAACAAGUCGUAAAAUGUGAUGAAAGUUUUGAAAAUGUGGCAAUGUUCCUCAAAUGACCCGCCAGGCCAUCGUUUUUGGAGAAUGCAAUACCCCAGUGAAUUUUUUAUUCCUGCAUUCAGCAGAGAGGUUUCAUCAACAGGAAUACAUUAUAGCCUAAAAAAAUCAUUAACAACACAAUGAGUAGGACUGA